UACAGUUUUACAGUCUUUUCUCUCUCUCUCUAGAAUCUCCCAUGGCCGCCGUUUCAUCGAUCGCAAAGCUCUCACACAUUUCCACACCUUUAUUCCCAAAUCCCAACCCCUCCGCAAAGUCCACUAAAAUCGCCCUCGUCUCUUCAUUCACUCCCUCCACCAACUUCAAUUUCCAAUUCCACAACGUCACCGCCGCCCCGCUCCGCCGCUUCUCCGUCCGCGCCGCCCGGGGAAAGUUCGAGCGGAAGAAGCCGCACGUCAACAUCGGCACGAUCGGCCACGUAGAUCAUGGAAAAACCACCCUGACCGCCGCGCUCACGAUGGCGCUGGCCUCCCUUGGAAACUCCGCCCCGAAGAGGUACGAGGAGAUCGACGCCGCUCCCGAGGAGCUGAAGCGCGGCAUCACGAUCAACACCGCUACCGUCGAGUACGAGACGGAGAGCCGCCACUACGCCCACGUCGACUGCCCCGGCCACGCCGACUACGUGAAGAACAUGAUCACCGGCGCUGCGCAGAUGGACGGCGCGAUCCUCGUCGUCUCCGGCGCCGAUGGCCCCAUGCCGCAGACGAAGGAGCACAUUUUGCUCGCGAAGCAGGUCGGGGUUCCUAGUAUGGUGGUUUUUUUGAAUAAACAGGAUCAGGUUGAUGAUGAGGAGCUGCUGCAGCUGGUGGAAUUGGAGGUGAGGGAGUUGCUUUCCACGCAUGAAUUUCCUGGUGAUGAUAUUCCGAUUGUUUCUGGCUCUGCAUUGCUAGCUUUGAAUGCUUUGAUUGAGAACCCUAAGAUUACAAGAGGGGAGAAUGAGUGGGUUGAUAAAAUUUAUCAGCUGAUGGAUGAGGUUGAUAGCUACAUUCCCAUUCCGCAGAGAAGGACUGAUUUGCCGUUUUUGAUGGCUAUAGAGGAUGUUUUCUCGAUCACCGGUAGGGGGACUGUGGCUACUGGGAGGGUGGAGAGGGGGACAAUCAAGAUUGGGGAUACAGUAGACAUUGUUGGAUUGAAGGAGACGAGGAGCACGAUUAUAACGGGUGUGGAGAUGUUUCAGAAGACAUUGGAUGAGGCCGUGGCCGGGGAUAAUGUGGGUUUAUUGUUGAGAGGUAUUCAGAAGGCUGAUAUUCAGAGGGGGAUGGUGCUGGCUAAACCUGGCACAAUCACGCCUCACAAGAAGUUUAUGGUGGUGGUUUAUGUGUUGAAGAAGGAGGAAGGUGGGAGGCAUUCCCCUUUCUUUACGAAUUAUAGGCCUCAAUUUUACAUGAGGACUACUGAUGUGACUGGGGCAGUGGUCAGGAUCAUGAAUGAUCAGGAUGAGGAGUCAAAGAUGGUGAUGCCAGGUGAUCAUGUGAAAAUGGAGGUUGAGCUUAUUACACCAGUUGCUUGUGAGCAGGGGAUGAGAUUUGCUAUCAGAGAAGGUGGGAAGACUGUAGGUGCUGGUAUCAUUCAGUCAAUUAUCGAGUAGAUAUAAAGAUAAGUUGAGGUUUAUUGGGGAUUCUGUGGCUGCUUUGCGAAUUUAGUUUUGUGGUUGUAAGAUCGCUUGAUUUGUAAUAUAGGAUUGGGGGAUUUUGAGGUUACAUUUCUAUUGCAUUGCAUUACAUAUUAGAUGAGCUCCAGUGUGUCAUUAUUAUAAUUCAAUGAAAAUUGUUCACUUGGUUUUGA